UAUCGACAGUAACGCAACGCGUCCUUUUCCGGAAAUAAAAUUCUCUGCUGUUUCCAAUUUUUUAAAAUUCGACAAUUUUAGUUGAAGGGGACAUACUGAACACCUGAAACUAUGAGUUCCUUAGAUAUGAGCACUUCAUCGAAAAGAGAGGUUGAUGAAUUUACUAAGAAACUUACCACACAGGCAGAGCAGCUUGUCUUAUCUUCCUUCCCCCAGAUGAUUGCAGAGACUGAUAACCUGCUGAAGGUAUCCUUGAUUUUGGAGGCUAUUUCUGAUAUCAGAACUUCACUGGACAUCCCUGUCCCAGACCUUGCGAAAGAGGAACUUAAACGAAAGAAGAAAGAGGAGAAAGAUGCAAAGGAGGGGAAAAAACAAGAUGAUAGACAUAAAGAUGAAGAGGAAGAAGGUCCCCUAUGUGGCCCCAUAGCAAGUAAUGAGAAAAUAGAGAAGCUCGUCAAAGAAAUAAAACCCAUUAUUCAGAUGUUGAAGGAAAACCUCAACACAGUGUCAAUGUGGGUACAGCUACAGAUCCCCAAAAUUGAGGAUGGCAACAACUUUGGUGUGGCUGUACAGGAGAAAGUAUUUGAGCUUCUUACCAACACACGCACCAAGGUGGAAGGAUUUCAGACUCAGAUCACAAAAUAUUACAGCGAGAGAGGAGAUGCUGUAGCCAAGGCUUCCAAACAGCCACAUGUGGGAGAUUACAGACAGCUUGUUCAUGAGUUGGAUCAACACCAGUACUGUGAGCUUCGCAUAGUGGCUCUGGAUAUACGCAACACAUAUGCUGUGUUGUUUGAUGUCAUCAGCAAGAACUAUGACAAAAUUAAAAAGCCCAGGGGAGACUGUAAAGCUCUUAUCUACUAAAAAAAAGUAAUUGACACAGAAAAAAAACCUAUAAUAUAAUUGUAAUGGAUUUUUGCUAAGCACAAAUCAUUGCAGAACCUUGAAUUCUUAAAUAAGAAAAGCAUCUGUUAUCUGUACUGACAUUAUGUAAGUGAUAUGAUGUGAUUACUUUGACUAAAACAAUCUAUUAAACAGUUCUUAAUUCAACCUGGAUAA